AUGGAUACAGGCGAAAAUGAAGAAGAUGAACUCUUUGCAACAAAUGGAAUACAUCAAAUAACUAUUAAAAAUAAUAACCAAAAGUCAACUGCCAUAUACUGUCAAACACAUAUUAAAAAUAAGGAAAUAUUAUUAAUUGUUGACUCAAGUUAUUUAGGAUGUAUUAUAUUCGCUGCAUUAAUGGAAGAACUUGGAAUGGAAUGUAAUGCUGUCUUAAAUACAAUAAUGACUUCAUUUGUGGUUGUAGUGGAGAAAAAGAAUGAUAAAAAAUGUUUAUGUAUCAAUUACCAAAAGCUUAAUAAUAUUACUAAAAGGAAUCACUAUCCACUACCACACAUUGAUAAUAUGCUGGAAAUAUUACAAGGCUCACAAUGGUUUACUUCAUUGGAUCUUGCUAGCAGAUUCUGA